AUGCGUCCCGCCACUUAUCCAUCCCUGCAAGGCAAAACCGCUUAUGUCACCGGAGGCGCCGGGGGUAUUGGCGAAGCUGUAACCGAAGCCUUUGCCAAAAAUGGCAGCCGGGUCGGGAUUCUCGAUCUGGAUGCCAACUCGGGCGAGGCAUUGGCGAAGAAACUCAAGGGUGCCGGAACAGAUGCGGCUUUUGUGCGCUGUGACCUGCGAAACAUCGAUGAUCUGAAAGCAGGACUUGAUUCGCUGAAAGCGGCACUCGGCACUGCGGACAUUCUCGUCAACAAUGCUGCCCAUGAUCAGCGCCAUGAUUGGAAAGACGUCACACCGGACUAUUGGGACGAACGCAUGGCG